AUGUUGAAUCGUGAGCGGCGGAGGCAGUGCUUCCAGCUGGUCAUUGCUGGCAGUGCGGUUAGCGGAGUUCUCGUCUUUCUACUCACCGUCGUUUUUCUUUCCUGUUGCUUUGUUCACUUAUGGCUCUCGGCUACAUACGCCGUUCGCGAACUCAACUUUUGCCAUGAAGAAGCGGAAAAAGUGGCGUUUUGGUUUCGCAGGUCGAUUCAGCAGAAACGUGUCACGUUUGGUCCCCCUGGCCGUCAUCUGUCCAGUGCUCGUCGUCAGGCGCGAUAUUCGACUUUAACAAUGGAACCAAACGUCGAGCAGUUCAGUCUAGUUACAAGUUUGCCUUGUCCUCCAUGCUGCAUUCCGGGAGAAAGAGGCCCACCCGGUGAACCUGGGCUGCCUGCUCAUCAUGGUACUUCUGGAAGUGAAGGGUCUCUUGGCCGUCCGGGAAUUGCACUAAAUAUUUCUUGCAUUCCUGAGCGUAUUUACGAAGCACCGCCUUGCUUACCGUGCGCUCAAGGACCUAGAGGCCCUCCGGGACAGCCGGGCUAUCCAGGAGAUCUUGGAGAUCAAGGAAUUCCAGGAAGGCCAGGGGCCAAUAGAUUGAAUGGUCCGGUAGGAGACCCGGGUGAGAAAGGCCCGCCAGGGGUACCUGGUGAUCUUGGAAAUAUGGGACCAUUUGGUCCCAUAGGAGUACAUGGCUCUCCGGGAAACCCCGGUUUCGCAGGUGUGUGCAUCUGUCAAGAAACCGAAGUAGUGAUUGAAGAUUCUGUGCCGCAUGACAUUGGGUAUUCAUCAAAAGCUGAUCAAUCAAAUCAGCCUCCUAUUGGCUACAGCGAGUUACCCUCAGAACUAUCUUCACGGAAUGGCGGGUUUCCUCCUGCAAUGCCCUGA